AAUGGGGCAGAGACCGCCCGGCACAGUUGGAAUCGGGUCGCCUCUCGGAUCCUCAAGACAUGCAACGCCUACUCCAGCGGCGUUACGACGGCGAUUUUGCUUUCCGAUCUCUCCCAGGCGUGGCAUGAGCAAAAUAGGGACAGGCCUGUGAAGAAAAUGCCGGAAUGCGUGAAGCAAUUGCGAAAGAAGAAUAAGCGAAGGAAGCUUUCGAACACUGUGACUAUUGAUUCCAUUUACGAGAAUAAUUUCUUGUCCUUGAAUAGUGUGUUGGAAGCGGUGAUUGUCGACGCUUUUGUUCUCCCUGGCACCAACAUUUAUAUGCUUUCCCUGGGGGAUUUUUGGAGCACGAACGGGAUUUGUCUGUACAGGUACUAUGACUUGAUAAAUCCUCCUAAUGGGAUUCUCAAGAAAGGAAGGCAGAUCUUUCUCACGGGGUGCCAUCUUCAUCCUGCUGCUGGAGGAGGGUCUCGUUGUCCUCGACUGUUGCCAACAGAAUAUCUAGUGAUAUUGUUGGAUGAGGAUGAUGAUGGUGAUGCAAUGCUGCUAGGAGGUCAGUUUUGUUCAGAUUCAUUCUCUUCAAUUUCUCUUGAUGCAUUCAGUAAAAACGUUUCUCAUUCAUUGUAUGCAAGAAUUGAGCUCAUUGCCCCACUUGAAGUUCGAGGAAAGUUUGGAACUUUACAAAGGAAACAAAUCACUCUUGUAGAUGAUGAUGGUGCUAAGUUGCAAUUUCUGCUGUGGGGUGACCAGGUUGUCCUGGCAAAUCUUUUCAGUGUGGGAAGUAUGCUUGCACUGGAUAAACCAUAUAUUGCAAGUUCCGCAGACAGUGCUGCUGAAACAAGUGCUGAAGUUUCCCUUGAAUUUGGUAGUGCAACACAAUUGUUUUUGGUGCCUUUUGUUCAACACAAGGAACAAGUAUGUGUAUCACUGACACCAAGCCGCCAUCAAGGAUCAAGACUGCUAAGCACAUUACAUCCCAGUCAGAUUUUGCAGUCCUGCAUUACCGAUCUUCGUGACAAGAUGACCGGCGUCAGCCUUUAUGGUGUUGUUACAAGUGUCAUCAAAGAAAGAUGUACCACAGAAGCUAUCUUCUCAUGGCGAAUUGAAGAUACCACUGGAACAAUUUGGACUAAAUUACAUUUUGUGAAAUAUUGAUAUGGAUCUUAUAAUUUUGUUGCAGCUAGGCAACAGUUUCUUUUUUGCGCGAGCGUGCCAGCACCGUUCGGGUGCGGUCGUCGGGGGUGUCCCUUGACCUGACUUCUUUCGAGUGAUUGUGGAUGAGGAGAACACAACCUCGUCGCGGGAUUCUUUGUGCUUCGUGGUGAGGACUUUUGCUAAGCUUCUUCAAACAUUGACGAGAAUCCUAUCUCCUUGUUCCCCGCGAAGACUCACUGACUUUUUCCUUUAAGGAAGAUCUGAGUGAGGAGAAAUCUUUCUUCAAAAUCACACAAUCGAUACUCGACAUCGUAGAUCGAGCAGAGCGAAAAUCACUAGGAAGUGGGGAGAACUUGCUAAAGCGUGACUUUAGCUUGGCUGGUUUACGAGAGCGUUACCUUUGCUUGGCUGGUUUCGUAACCGUUGUCGUCACGGUACUACAGUCAGCUUUCGAGGAGACUAGGACCGAAGCACGUUGACAGAGGAUUUGGUGGCAUUGAUAGUCGGCUCCUAAGGAUACUGGGACUGGAGUGUGGUCACCAGUAAGAGAAGGAGAAAGGUUGCUCCGGAGAGGCUUGGAUAAUCGUAGUGAUUAAUUGAUGAAUUGGCUUUGUCCUUAUUACUUCGUUGUAGCCUCUAUAUAUAGGCUUCUUUGUUGCAUAUU